CGUGCUGAAAAUGAUAACGAAACUAGCCGAUUUGACCCAGGUGGAAUCGUAAUUGGAAGUGAUGAAGAAAAGGUAGACUUUCCUCGGCGAGAAAUAUGGAAAAAGCCUAUGAAAAUCAGAAGAGGGUCAUCAAAUUUUUGUGGUAAUUCAAGGCCGCUCUAUUUAUUCCGAGAGAAACUAUCGACCCAUGUUGAUAUUCCUGAUAAGGAUCUCCAACUUAAAGAUAAAUCUCGUGGAACUCGACUUUAA